AUGCGAAUCUGGGCCAGAUCCAACAGCGUUGAGGGCUGCUCUCGUGAAAUGCCCCUCAAGGCAGGAGAGGCUCGAGAUGAUACCGAAUUCGAAAUGGCUGCGAUGGGUCAACUUUCCCGUGGCCCUGCGAGAGGUAGCCAACGACAUGCAUGUGUGGCACAGGACCAGUUCAAAUUUCAGUGGGACAAAGAAGGCUGGAUAGCUAGACGUAUUGGGAAUCGGAAGAGAUAUGAAAUCAGGGAUUACUGUUGGUUUUACAAGUUCUCCUUCUCCUUCUUCUACAACUCGACGAGGCCGUACGGUUUGACAAUCGCACCCACCUUUCGCCUGGGCGCACUGGUGACGGUGACGGUGGUGUUGGUGCUGGUGCUGGUGCUUGCUGUGUUGGCGAUGAUGUGA